GCAGCAUACUUGCACAUCAAACUACUAUUUUGCUGGAGUUGCUUGUCACAUUGCAUCAUCAGUUAAUUACACUAACUGUACAACUGGUCAAGUUAGAUUAUCUGGUUCUAUGGAAGGUCGUGUUGAACUGUGUCAUGAUAAUGUGUGGUAUGGUGUAUGUGGAGAUAACUACUAUUAUAUAUCUUCUGUUGUCUGUGGAAACAUUGGAUAUCAACAAGAAACUGGAUAUCGGAGCAACUUUCCAGAACUUCAAGAAUUACCACUGUAUCCUUAUGAUUUUUCUUGUAGUGGUACAGAAAGGUCAUUGUUGGAAUGUUCAAGAUACCUAGCUAGUUGCUAUAGUUCAACUAGAUACUAUCGUGGUGAUUAUACUGGUGUGACUUGUCAAGAUACCUGUCAAAAUGGAACAGUCCGUCUUCAUGGCUCUGGUUAUUCUACUAUGGGUAGAGUGGAGAUUUGUAUGAAUGGUGAAUGGGGAACUAUAUGCAGAAGCAGUUUUGAUGAUAACGAUGCACGUGUUAUAUGUAGUCAAUUGGGAUAUUCUCCCUAUGGAGCUGUUGUACUUCCUUAUUAUUAUUACUAUGACUACAGAGUCUAUCCUAUAAUCUUUGAUCUUAAUUGCACUGGUACUGAAGGAGCAAUUUUGGACUGUCCUUACAUUGAACAAGGCUCCUACUCCUGCAGUAGAUACUAUGAUGCAGCAGUAAUUUGUCAAAAUAAUGCUACUACUAGUGUCAGUCAUAAUUGUUCUGAUGGUGAUGUACGUUUGAUUGGUGGGAUCAAUGAUGCUGAAGGGCGUGUUGAAAUGUGUUACAAUAAUUUCUGGGGGCAAGUCUGUCAUAAUUCAUGGAGUACAUCUGAUGCUAAUGUAGUCUGUAAACAACUUGGAUACCAAUCUACUGGUUCUACUGCAUAUAGGUCUAGCUAUUUUGGAAAUGGACCAGAUUCUCAUAUUAUCUCAAAUCUCUAUUGUAGUGGAUCUGAGUCAUCUCUGCUAAGUUGUAGCAGGAGUAGUAGUAGUUUCAUUACAGCUGCUCAAUAUUGUGGUGAUGGUAGUGUAGCUGGUGCUGUUUGUUUUGGCACAGCAGGGGAAUGUGAGAAUGGUGCAGUGAGGCUUGUUAAUACUUAUACUGAUGCUACUAAUGUUGGUAGAGUUGAAUUGUGUAUUGAGAAUACAUGGACUACACUAUGUGAUCAAAGCUGGGAUCUCAAAGAUGCACAAGUUGUCUGUAGACAACUGGGAUUCUCUAUAUAUGGUGCUUUACCCGAACAUAACUGUUAUACUGAGAGCCAGCUAUCAUUUGGAAUCACUGACCUCAAUUGUACUGGUGAUGAAGAUCACUUGCUUAAUUGUUCCUACAGUAAUGCUGCAUUACACAACUGUCAGUCUCAUAGUGAUGCCAGUGUUGUAUGUCAAAGAACUGCUUAUCAAGCUAAUUGCACUAAUGGUCAAGUGAGACUGGUUGAUGGUAGCACUGAAGAUGAUGGUAGAGUUGAAAUAUGUAUCAAUCAGGCUUGGGGAAGCAUAUGUUCCUCUGGCUGGAGUAUUCAAGAUGCAUUUGUAGCAUGCAAGCAAUUAGGAUACAUUGGAGGAGAAAUAAAGUCUAUCAGUUCAGGAGCUGGUCCUAUUCUUAUGUCGCAUUUAUACUGUAAUGGAGAUGAGGGAUCACUGCUUGAUUGUAAUCAUCAGUCUUGCUAUGUAUCAGCAUGCACUUCUCCAGAUGCUGGAGUCACAUGUGAAAGACCUUGUAACAAUGGAAGCAUCAGGAUUGACACUGAUCCAUACUAUUCAUACACUCGUCUUGGAGCAGUAGAAGUAUGUAGGAACAAUACCUGGAAUACAAUAUGUAACAAUCACUGGACAAAAAAAGAAGCCAGUGUAGCCUGCUCUCAGUUGGGCUAUUCACCUUAUGGUGCAUUGGCCAGUACCUAUCAAUACACUCAGAGCUAUUGGCCACUUGGACUUUACAAUGUAUAUUGCAAUGGAAAUGAAACUAGUAUUUGGGAUUGCUCAUAUUCUGUAACAAAUACAUUUGGAUCUAGUUGUACUCAAUCAAGACAAGCAACUCUGAAAUGCCAGUCCAUAACGACUCAGUAUGUGAACUGUACUGAUGGUGAUGUAAGACUAGUAGGAGGACAAACAGAGAAUCAAGGAAGUGUACAAAUUUGUUACAACAAUGCCUGGACAUAUUUGUGUAGUGGAUGGUAUUGGGGUACUACUGAAGCUAAUGUUGUAUGUGGGCAACUUGGAUUUAAUUCUUAUGGAUCUGUGGCAUAUAGAUAUAAUUCAUUUAAUGCUCCUGAGGAUUCGUCAUUUGUUUAUGGAUUUUUUAAUUGCUAUGGCUCUGAAACUAAAAUUUUGGACUGUUACAUGUAUUCUUAUUACUACUUCAGAUAUUGCUACUCUAACUAUAUAGCUGGUGUUACUUGUCGAGAUACUGAUGAAUGUCAGCAAGGAAUAUCAGGAUGUUCUCAAGUAUGUACUAACACUAUUGGCAGUUACAAGUGUAGUUGCAAUGCUGGAUAUCGACUGAGUAAUGACAGUCACACAUGUAUAGACAUUAACGAGUGUGCUGAGGGAUUAAGCAGCUGCAAUCAAAAUUGUGUGAACACUAAUGGAAGCUAUACUUGCAGUUGUACAGCUGGUUACACAUUGAAUAGUGAUGGUUACACCUGCACUGAUUUGAAUGAGUGUAGCAUUGAUAAUGGUCAAUGCAGCAGUAUAUGUUCUAAUACUGUUGGUAGCUAUAUCUGUUCUUGUAAUUCUGGUUACACUUUAGAAGAUGAUGGGCAUAACUGUACAGAUAUUAAUGAGUGUUUCACUAAUAAUGGUGGCUGUAAUUAUACCUGUACAAAUACUCCAGGAAGCUACACAUGUGAUUGCAGCACUGGUUACAACUUUGAUCCCAUUGACUUGAAUUGCACAGAUAUUGAUGAGUGCAAUACUGACAAUGGUGGUUGUGAGCAAUUGUGUACAAAUACCAUUGGGAGCUUUUACUGCACUUGUAAUUCUGGUUUCCAGCUAACAAAUGGUGUCUUUUGUUCAGAUAUCAAUGAGUGUUCAGAAGGAAUAUCAGGAUGUGGUCAGCAGUGUAUCAAUACUAUUGGAAGCUAUGAGUGUGAUUGUAUCACUGGAUACUACUUGUCAUCUAAUAAUCAAACAUGUCUAGAUAUUGAUGAGUGUUUAGGAGUUAAUGGUUGCAAUCAGAUAUGCGUAAAUACAGCUGGGAGCUAUUACUGUGAUUGUCAGUCUGGAUAUACCCUAAACAACAGUCUUACUUGCAUUGAUAUUAAUGAGUGUAAUAAUUCGAGUGGAGGAUGUGCACAAAUCUGUCAGAAUACAGUAGGAUCUUAUGAUUGUUCAUGCUGGGAUGGAUACAGUUUAAAUGCUGAUAAAUAUAAUUGCUCAGAUAUCAAUGAGUGUAGCUUAAAUAAUGGUGGUUGUGAACAAGUCUGUACAAAUAGCAUUGGAAAUUAUUCUUGCUCGUGUAAUUCAGGCUAUACCCUUUUGAAUGGACAGUUCUGUUCAGAUAUUAAUGAGUGUUCACAAGGAAUAUCAGGAUGUGGUCAGAAGUGUAUUAAUACUAUUGGAAGCUAUGAGUGUGAUUGUAUCACUGGAUACUACUUGUCAUCUAAUAAUCUAACAUGUCUAGAUAUUGAUGAGUGUUUAGGAGUUAAUGGUUGCAAUCAGAUAUGUAUAAAUACAGUUGGAAGCUACUACUGUGACUGUCAGUCUGGAUAUGUCCUAAACAAUAGUCUUACUUGCAUUGAUAUUAAUGAGUGCAAUAAUUCAAGUGGAGGAUGUGCACAAAUCUGUCAAAAUACAGUAGGAUCUUAUGAUUGUUCAUGCUGGGAUGGAUACAGUUUAAAUGCUGAUAAAUAUAAUUGCUCAGAUAUCAAUGAGUGUAGUUUAAAUAAUGGUGGUUGUGAACAAGUCUGUACAAAUAGCAUUGGAAAUUAUUCUUGCUCAUGCAAUUCAGGCUAUACGCUUUUGAAUGGACAGUUCUGCUCAGAUAUUAAUGAGUGCAAUGUUAAUAAUGGAGGAUGUCAGCAGACGUGUCACAAUACUGCUGGAAGUUAUUACUGUCUUUGUGGCACUGGCUUUAAUUUGGAUGCACAAAACAAUUGCACAGAUAUUAAUGAAUGCAAUGCUAACAAUGGAGGGUGUGAGCAGCAGUGUAUCAAUACAUUUGGUAGCUAUUAUUGUGCAUGUAAUAACAGCUACAUGCUCAAUGCUGACAAUCAUAGGUGUGAUGACUUUAAUGAGUGUGUCUAUGGUACUCAUGGUUGUAAUCAGAACUGUACUAAUACUAAUGGAUCCUAUCUUUGUUACUGUAUGACUGGUUAUCAUCUUAUGGACAAUCAAAGAACAUGCACUGAUACAAAUGAGUGUCUUUUGAGUAAUGGUGGUUGUUCUCAGUUGUGUACUAAUACUAUUGGUAGCUAUCAGUGUAACUGUAGGAAUGGAUAUCGACUAAGCAUCAAUGGAAUUGAUUGUGAUGAUAUUAAUGAGUGUACUAAUGGUACUCAUCUAUGUGAACACAACUGUUAUAAUACUAAUGGUAGUUAUGUCUGUGAUUGUGAACCAGGCUACCAAUUAUCAAAUGGACUAACAUGUUCUGAUAUCAACGAAUGUGACACUAAUAAUGGAGGCUGUGCUCAAGUGUGUGUUAAUCAAGUUGGAUCAUAUUAUUGUCAGUGUAACAAUGGAUAUACUCUUGAUGAUGAUGCUCAUGGGUGUUCAGAUCAUGAUGAAUGUGUAACUGGUGUUGAUGCUUGUGAGCAAAUCUGUCACAAUUCUAACAGUUCUUAUUCUUGCUCAUGUUUAUCAGGAUACAGACUAGCCAAUAAUAGUAAAACUUGUGAUGAUAUUAAUGAAUGUUCUGAAGGAAUUUCAAGUUGUAAUCAAAUUUGUAUAAAUACUGUGGGAGGUUAUAUUUGCCAGUGUCAAAUAGGAUAUCAGCUAGACAGUGACAGCCACUCUUGUAAUGACAUUAAUGAAUGUGGUACUUUCAAUGGAGGAUGCAGUCAAAGUUGCACUAAUGUCAUUGGCUCUUAUACAUGUUCCUGCCAAUCAGGAUUUGUUCUUAACAAUGAUAAUCACAACUGCACAGAUGUGAAUGAGUGUCUUAUUAAUAAUGGAGGGUGCCAUCAUAGCUGUGUUAAUACUAUUGGAAGUUAUUCCUGUCAGUGCAAUCAAGGGUUUACAUCAACAGACAAUGGAACAAAUUGUGUUGAUAUUGAUGAGUGUCUUACUGCUAAUGGAGGAUGUGAACAAGUUUGCAUUAAUAGCAUUGGGGGAUUCAACUGCUCUUGCUUGUCUGGAUUUAUUGUAGCCAAUGAUGUAUUUUGCUCUGAUAUUAAUGAGUGUGAGCUAGGUAUAGCAAGUUGUUCUGAUGGUUGUAGUAAUACUGUUGGUAGUUACAACUGUUUUUGUCCUAUUGGAUAUGAGCUCGCUAAUGAUAAUUACACUUGUAUUGAUAUCAAUGAAUGUGACCAAAACAAUGGGAACUGUAAUCAGAACUGUGUCAAUGAAGUUGGAUCAUAUCACUGCGAAUGUAACUCUGGCUACCAACUAGAUCAGGCUGGAUAUAGCUGUAAUGAUAUCAAUGAAUGUGCUGCUAAUACUGAUGGAUGUGUUCAGAACUGUUAUAAUUUGAUUGGAUCAUUUUAUUGUGGCUGCAACUUGGGAUAUGUACUAGAUACAACUAAUAAUAAGACAUGCUAUGAUAUAAACGAGUGUCUAAAUUAUAAUGGGGCUUGCAGUCACACUUGUACUAAUACUAAUGGUAGCUACACUUGUUCUUGUAACUCAGGGUUUAAACUAGAAAAUGAUGGACAUAAUUGUACAGACAUUGAUGAAUGUGCUUUGGGCACUAGUGGAUGCAGUGGCCCUUGCAUCAAUACACCAGGGAGCUUCCAGUGUCGAUGCAUAGAUGGAUUCUAUUUAGAUAAUAAACAAUGUCAUGAUAUUAAUGAAUGCAGUACUGGCAAUGGAGGCUGUGAACAGUUGUGUACCAAUACUAAUGGAAGCUUUUACUGUUCUUGUGGUAGAGGAUAUAACUUGACAAACAAUGCAUUCUGUACAGAUAUUGAUGAGUGUUCUACUGCUACCCACAAUUGUAGUGACGUUCAGAAGUGUGUCAAUGACAUUGGAUCUUUCCAUUGUGAUUGUUUGUCAAGUGACAAACUUCCACCAGAUUGCCGCACAAGUAAUAGUCAGGCAUCAACUUUGAGCCAAUCUAUGAGUUAUAUACUGGGACUAAUAGUUGUCAUUGCUGUACUUGUUAUAAUUAUACUGAUCAUCGCCAUGGUGGUCAUUUACAAGAAAAUGAAGACCAAGAAGAAUUAUCACAUUGAUAUUGAUACUGCAUCAGUUAAUAAUCCUGUGUAUACAGAAACCUAUAUGAUGACUGGCAACAAAGAUGCAGAGUUUGAUGAAGAUGCAUAUGAAAAAAUGAAAUAACUUAUGGUUAACGGAUCCCUUAUCUACUUUUAUACAUAUUGCUAUACUUGCAUGUAGUUAGUUUACUGAUAAAAUGCUGCUAUUAAACUAUUUUUUGUGUGCUGUCUUUGAUGUGUGCUUUAAUUUGCUUUCGCUUAGUGCUGAACCAAAA